GCAGACGGACUUUUUAAUUCUAGCUAGGUCUUCUUUUCCCUUCUUCCCACCCCUCCAUCAGUCUCUAUCCGUUCAAACGACCGCCGUAACCAAUAUAUAAAUAUCUAUACAAAACAAUAAUAACAAUACUAAAUCAUAAUAACCACACCGUCUAUUAUAUUUUCUCAAACAAAUGCUGAAAUGCAAUCAUCUUUGCCUUUAAUUAUCAUCAGAAAUAUAACAACUAAACACCACACGCGCGCACACACUUAAUUAAUCAAUCAAUCAAUUAAUUAAUUAAAUAAUCAAUCAAAUUAAAGAAUUAAUUAAAAGUGUAGUAAACACGGUAGGGUUUUGAAAAAGAAUUCACAUACAUAUUUGAAAAGAAAAAGGUAGGGAUUGUUAAGAAAUGGAAGAAGCGACAGUAGAUGAGAUAAUAAGGAAGCUAAUGGAUGCAAAGGGAGGACGUGUACCGAAACAAGCGCAGAUUACGGAAACCGAGAUACGGCAGCUGUGUGCUGCUGCUAAAGACGUUUUUCUCAGUCAGCCUAAUUUGCUUGAACUUGAAGCUCCUAUUAAGAUUUGUGGUGACAUCCAUGGACAGUAUUCUGACCUGUUACGGUUGUUUGAGUACGGUGGGUACCCUCCAGAGUCAAAUUACUUAUUUUUGGGAGAUUAUGUUGAUCGUGGUAAACAGAGCAUAGAAACAAUAUGCCUUCUCCUCGCUUACAAGAUAAAAUACAAGGAAAACUUCUUUCUUCUCAGGGGAAACCAUGAGUGUGCUUCCAUCAAUCGCAUAUAUGGCUUCUAUGAUGAAUGCAAAAGAAGGUUCAAUGUCCGUCUUUGGAAGACAUUUACUGAGUGCUUCAACUGCUUGCCUGUCUCUGCUCUUAUUGAUGAGAAGAUACUUUGUAUGCAUGGAGGACUGUCUCCUGACUUAAAAAACCUGGACCAGAUUCGAAAUAUAGCCCGUCCUGUUGAUGUGCCAGAUCAGGGACUUCUUUGUGAUUUGUUAUGGGCUGAUCCUGAUAGAGAUCUGGAAGGGUGGGGUGAGAAUGACAGAGGCGUGUCAUAUACAUUUGGGGCUGACAAGGUUGCGGAAUUUCUUGAGAAGCAUGAUCUUGAUCUUAUUUGCAGAGCUCACCAGGUUGUGGAAGAUGGGUAUGAGUUUUUUGCGAACCGGCAGCUGGUAACCAUAUUCUCAGCCCCAAACUACUGCGGUGAGUUUGACAAUGCUGGUGCAAUGAUGAGCGUGGAUGAUACAUUGACCUGUUCUUUUCAAAUUCUCAAAGCUUCAGAAAAGAAAGGGAAGUUUGACUUUGGCAACAGUAUGUUGAGACCAGGAACUCCACCACACAAGGGUGGAAAAAGAUGAUUGUUUUUCACAGAAACUGCCGUAAGUCUUAAAGAUCAAGUACUGCACGGUACUAUCACUGAAGCUGGAGUCAUAUGCAUCUGCAUCCCAAGGUUUUUAUUAAUGUAAAAUGAUAAGUUAUAUCUAAUUCUUGAACAAUUGUUGAAGGACCCCCUUGUUUUUCAUUGGUGCCUUUUCAAUGUGAAAGAUUUUGUUCCUAGCA